AUGGGCAAGAAAAGAUCAAGAGAGGAAGCCCAGAAGGAGGUCGUCCAGAACGACCCCACAGUCGAUAAGAUGGAUGAGGAUAGUGACAGCUCAGACUCGGAUGAGGACAUGGACAUCAUUAACGUCGACUUCGAGCUGUUCAAUUACGACAAGGACAUCGACUUCCACGGCGUCAAAACGCUUCUCCGUCAGCUCUUCGACGCUGACGCCCAGCUCUUCGACCUGUCCGGGCUCAGCGACAUGAUCAUUGAGCAGAACACCAUCGGCUCGACGUGCAAGGUGGACGACAAGGCCAACGACGCCUACGCCUUCCUGACCGUGCUCAACGCGUGGGAGCACCGCGAGAAGAAACCGGUCGCGCAGCUGAUCGAGUACCUGUCCGACAAGGCCGUCAAGGCCGGUGAUUCCAGCCUGUCUGUGCUGCCUGAGUUGUUCACCUCCGGCAAGGCCCAAGUGGGCAUCGUCCUGUCGGAGCGCCUCAUCAACAUGCCGGCCGAAGUCAUCCCACCCAUGUGGAACAUGAUGAUUGAGGAGAUCCAGGACGCCGUGGACGACAAGGAGCCAUACGAGUUUACGCACUACCUGGUGGUGUCGCGCGCGUACGUCGAGGUCGAGUCGAGCUUGGACCAGGAGGAGCAGAAGCGCAAGCGGCUACGCGAUGAGAAGGGCCUGCAGUACUUCCACCCGGAGGACGACGAGAUGCGCAAGCAUGCUGUCGGCGCGGGCACCUACACGUUCACCAAGGAGGGAGACUCGGCCGAUAGCAAGCGCGCGUUCCAGGAGCUGGGCGUCAAGUCACAGGGUUUCAUGAUGCUUAUUGAGGCGGGCAAGUUCAAGCAGGCUGUCAAAGCUAUCGGGGAUUGCAUUGGCGCAGCCAACUAAUUUACCAUAAUGGAUUGCGAGAAUAUGGAAGCACCGAGAAAUGAGGGAACGUGAACGGGAAAUUUCAACGCAUCGUCAGUUCCUGCCUGCAGUGCUGUGGAUUUUGUUGUUGUUUUAAUUAGUUGCCGGUUACUUGCGUCAUGGCUAUUGGGCGGGCGCCGGCUCCAGUCUCUGCAUGAGGUACUCAACCUCCACCACCUUGGUAAGAGGAAUCACGAACUCCUCGUACAUAGCGACGACGGCCUCGACGUUAAUCUUGCGCUGGCUCUCCGCCUCGGAGGCGCCUAUUGACGGGUCGGUACCGUAGGUUUCCGCCUUAAGCUUCAAUCUCUCCAGCACCUUCUUCUCAACAGCCUGGUUGGUGAUAGCCUCUCCAAUGGCUUCGCGAUCACCGGCCUGGAUGUACUUUGUGAACUUUUCCGUCUCCGACUGGAACUUGGAUUCGGCAACAAAUUUGCCAAAGUGAAUGCG